GAUGAAAUAUGACCUGGACAUGCUCUUGACACUUUUUGAGAUAUUCAGUCUUUUGUUCUUACAGGGAUACACACCGUUACACAUCGCAGCACUGCACGGCCAUCGACAUAUAUUUGACCUGCUGGUCAGGACAUACGGAGCGAAGGACAAUCUGCGGGACUACAGCGGCCACUUAGCAUAUCAUUACCUCAAUUUACGAGAGACACAAUUAGAAGACCAUGAACUAUCUGAAGUCAGCGAGUGCCACAGCUUGACCCAGGCCGGCGAGCGCAGGAACAGGAAGAUCACCUCAUUAUUUCACUCCAUGAAGAAGUGGGGUUCAGCGGAGGACCUGGCGCCCGUGCCGGAGGAGAGGACUGUUGCUCAUCAGCUCAUGCUGCCUGCGUUUAGACCCAGAAAGUUCUCACGGUAGACUGUGUGAAGUCUCGCUUUAGUGCCGCUUGAGUAGUGUACAGAUGAAAACACACUUUGCUGCUUUAUUCGCACAAAUAGUAUGAUGUAGUUGUAUUCACAUUUAAGUAGCUUUUUAGCUUUAUUAGCAUUUGUAGUAUUAUGCCACAGCUGUGUGUGAUAUUCUAUAAAUGUAAUGUCUUAUUUUCUCUGCUAAAGGUUUACAUUUUUCAUUAAGCAAUGAAAAGGUGCAUUUUAAAUGACCUGUUCAUCUUAUGAUCCCACAGUUUUGGAGAACUAUGUUGUCUGUAUGUUAAUGCUAAAGUUAUGUCUUGAAUAGAGACCAACUUCAGCUUUUAUUUGCCUUAUUUUCACCUUGCCAAACUUAAAAGUCAGAAUCACAGUUUAUGGUUCUUCUGUGAGAAUGUUUUUCAUCCUUAAAGACAACAAAAUCAAAAAAUACCUUAU